AUGCAAAUCUUUGUGAAGACCUUGACUGGAAAGACCAUCACACUUGAAGUUGAAUCAUCCGACUCUAUAGACAAUGUCAAGCAAAAAAUUCAAGAUAAGGAAGGCAUCCCGCCAGAUCAACAGCGUUUAAUUUUUGCAGGCAAACAAUUAGAGGAUGGCCGCUCUUUAUCAGAUUACAAUAUUCAAAAAGAAUCCACUUUGCAUUUGGUUUUACGUCUUCGAGGAGGUGCUGCUGCAUCAUCUACAUCAUCUACGUCAUCAGCUGAGUCGAUAACAACAACAUCAACUUCAACAACAAGUUCACUAGUGCCACCAAAGAAGAAAUUAUCACGCUGUGCACUUGAUGGUUGUAAUGAUAAAGUGGUAAAGAUUAUUGGCGAUUGCCGUUAUUGUCAACACAAGUACUGUGCACGUCAUCGUUUACCAGAAGCUCAUGCUUGUGAAAAUUUGACAAGCUGUCGACAAGCUGCUCAUGAAAGGAAUUCACUCAAAUUGAUGAGUGAACGUUGUGUCGCAAGCAAGGUCUAG